GGAUAUGGAAGAUAAGAAGCCAAGUCACAAACUACUCUGUUAUGGAACUCCAGUAGUAGCGAUAGCACUAGGAUACCUCCUUUCUAAAAGAUUGUCCUCAAAUUCUGAGAUUAUCGGAGGUAUUGAGAUGGGUGGCACUAAUAUCAAACUAUGCUUAGCCAAGAGAUCAAUUAGAGAUAUGCCAUUUAAAAUAAUUGGUGAACCACUUAUCAUCAAGACAGCUGGAGAUGAUGGACUCAGCAUUGAAAGAGAUGAAAAUGGAAUCUCUCCCUAUCACUCAAAGAUUUUCAGCAAGAUGAUCGAGUUUUUAACUUCUCAAGGCCCAAUCUCAAAUAUAGGAAUUGCGUCAUUUGGCCCUAUUUGUGUAGAUCCAGAGUCAGAUAGUUAUGGAACAAUCCUUAAUUCUCCAAAGAAGAAAUGGGUCAUGUUUAAUCUUGUGAAAGCAUUUAAUUCUCUCUGGGAAGGCCCUAAGCCAUCUAUCACUGUAGACACUGAUGUUAAUGCAGUUGCUAAGUUUGAGUUCGGGCAUGGCGGUCACAAUGCGAAGAAGAAUUUGGCUUACAUCACUGUCGGAACAGGAAUAGGAGUUGGACUCGUCAUCAAUGGAGACACAUGUACUGGACUCACUCACCCUGAAGGUGGUCAUGUCUGUGUCAACAGACAUUCAAAUGAAGUAGAAGAGUUUAAAAGUGUUUGUGGUUUCCAUGAUUGUUGUGUAGAAGGAUAUGCAACUAAUGUAUCUAUUGCAAAAAGAAAGAAUAUUGACAUCGAAGCUUUACCAAGCCUGGAUGAUACUGAUCCAGUCUGGGAACUCGUUGCCUACUAUUUAGCUUCCUUAUGAUGCACAGUUACUUUGACUUGCAGCCCAGAAGCUAUUGUUAUUGGAGGAGGAGUUAUGAAUAGAAAGAUACUUUACAAAAUGAUUCAAGAAGAGUUUAUCACACAAAUGCACAACUAUAUCACUCAUGAUAAAAUCACAAAAGAGAAUGUAGAUAAGUACAUUGUGAGAUCAAGAUUUGAGAAUGAUUGCGGGCUCUACUCAGCCUUAUCCUUAGUAUAAUCAAAUUCAUGAAUCAAGACCUCAGCAAUUUGUUCUUUCU